AUGGCCAACAUCUCAGUAUCAGUGUCCAGGUUUUCUGUGAAGGGACCAGCUGAGCCUAUUGUGGUGCUGCUUGGGGAAGAUGCCACUCUGCCCUGCCAGCUGUCCCCCAAGCAGAGCGCAGCCCACAUGGACAUCCGGUGGUAUCGAGCGCAGCUGUCCCCCGCUGUGCUGGUGUUCCAGAACGGACAGGACCCAGGCGGGGAGCAAAUGCUGGAGUACCGUGGCAGGGCCGAGCUGGUGGUAGCCUCCCUCAGCAAGGGGGACGUGGUCCUGCAGAUACGACAAGUGCGGGUCUCUGACGAUGGCCAGUACCGGUGUCGUUUUCAAGAUGGUGACCUGUUCCAAGAGGCUGUUGUGCAGCUGCAUGUUGUAGGCUUGGGCUCUGCCCCUCAUGUACACAUGACGGGGCCCGAGGAAGGUGGGAUCAGAGUGCUGUGCUCCUCAGGUGGCUGGUUCCCCAAACCCAAGGUGCAGUGGAGAGACACAGCGGGAGUGAAGCUGCCGUCCCUCCCGGAGUCUCAGACCCAAGAUGGAGAUGGGCUUUUUCAUGUGGAGGCCUCUCUUGUUGUCAAGGACAGCUCCAUGGGCAAUGUGACCUGCUCCAUCCAGAAUCCCCUCUCUGGCCAGGAGAAGGCGUCAGCCAUCUUCCUCCCAGAGCCCUUCUUUCCCAGGGUGUCUCCAUGGAAGGCAGCCCUGGCUGGGGCUCUCCCUGUGCUGGGGCUCCUCCUCACUGGGCUCAGCUACGUUGGCUGGAGAAAACAUGAAGCCAAAAAGAGAGAAAUAAAGAAAAGUAAAAAAGAAUCUCAUGAAAGAGAUCAGAUGAGGAAUGAAAAGGAAAUGGCACUGGAGACCAAAGUGAAACUCAAGGCAGAGCUUGAACGGCGAAAGGCAUUGUACAGUGAAGAUUGGAAGAAGGCCCUGAUAUAUCCUGACUGGAGAAAGGAACAUUUCCAGCCUGCCGUUGUGACUCUAAAUCAUGAAAUGUUUCACCAGAAUAAUUCUGACCCAGAGAGUAAAGAGAACUGCAGAGAGGAAACACAGGAUCUAUCUCUCAGUAAUAAGCAAGGAGAUGACAACCUUAUCACACUUGAUAAGAAAGACUUCACAUCAGGGAAAUAUUAUUGGGAGGUGGACAUCGGGGACACCGAUGAGUGGACUCUAGGCAUUUAUGAGCAUAUACAUGGGAAUGGAUCAUCCAAAGAACCAUCAGAGAUAUUCAGGGUCUUAGAGAAGACGGGAUGUGAAUAUAGGGCUCUCGCCUAUUGCUCCCAAAACAUUGCUCUGGAAGAGCCUCUCUCAAUAGAAAAGCAUCCACAGAAGAUUGUGAUUUUCUUGGAUUAUGAGGACAAUAAUGUUUCUUUCUAUGACAUGACUCAUGGUGCCCACAUCUUUUCCUUCACCCAGGCUAGAUUCUCUGGAUCAGUCAACCCUUACUUCAAACGUAAAGCCAUGAAGCCCUCCCAUUUGCACAAUAUUAAGUGA